GUCUUUCCACGACUUGCACAUAUUCCCACUGUUCGCUCCGACUCGAGGCUUCCGCGCCUCACCAGUACUCGGGCACAUUAAAUGCUAGGCCGUCACCAGCUGCAUCGAGAACAACAGUCCUGACACAAUGGACACUCCUCCCACGGCCUUCAGGGGCAACGAAGACGAGAGGUCGGAUCAGCAGAGAAAGAGGAACCGCAUUCGGUUUUCGUGUACCACAUGUCGAGAGAAAAAACUCAAGUGCAAUCGCCAAUCUCCGUGUGACCAGUGCAUCAAGAGGAACGUUGCCGCAACAUGCAACUUUAUUCCCUAUGCCCAGAAUGAGCCGCGCCCAUCCCCCUCUGUCUCGGGCACCACACCCGGCUCACAAAAUGGUGGCUCCCGCAACAGGAGAGGGGCCCUUCAGGACAUGACGGCAGCAGCCCGCCUUCGCCAUCUCGAGCAUAUGGUCCAGGUCCUGAAAGCGCAAAUGCGCCGUGAGGAGGGUGGUGGUGGUGGUGGUGGUGGUGCGGACGUGCCGGUUUCUUCUUCGAGGGCCAUCUCUCCUGUCCCUCCGUCGCCCUCUGCCCAAGACACGCAGCCGGAUGCAGAAACAAGCGCGCCGUCCAAGGGGACAGCAGGCGCCAUGGCCGAUCAGACACGAUACGUCGAAGUCAUUCAUUGGGAAGCAGUCUACGACGAGCUUACCACCUUGACCAAGAAUCUCAAGGCCUCGGAUGAAAGUGAUCAAGAGGAAGAGGAACACUGGUCGCCCAGGUGUAACGUGCCUGAACGACAGCCCGUCUCGGUCCUCUUUGCUGGCGGCUUUGCUCCUGUUUCCCCGGCCGACCUGUUCCGACGCAUGCCACCGAAGCCUGUAUGCGACCGUCUGCUGUCUAUCUUCUUCCAGGUCAAAGACGCCGCCUGGUCAGUCUUCCAUCUGCCCACGCUGUGGAAAUACUACGAUGCGCUCUGGCAAGAGGAUGCCGAGCUUACCUACACCGAUCUGGCCCUCUUCUUCCUCCUGUACGCAAACUCGGCCCUCUUCUGUAUCCAUACGGGCGAGGAAGUUCCUGGCAACUUGGGAAGCCCGAUGCAGGCAUAUAGCAUGCUUAAAGCCACGGGCGCUCACGCCCUUGCGCUCUCUGACUACAGUACGCCAGGGAAAAACAAACUUGAGGCCCUGUAUGUCUAUUUCAUUGCCGAGUUUAUCGGCCAGCCUGACGCACCGCUCAGCACGUCCAUCAUCUUUGCCAACAUUGUCCGACUUGCCAUGCACAUGGGACUACAUCGUGACCCGAAGCACUACCCUAACAUGAGCCCCUUUGAGGGCGAGAUGCGCAGGAGACUCUGGCUACAGUUUGUCGAGGUUGACCAGAUCGUCGCGUUCCAGUUUGGGCUCCCGAGCAACAUCCACUCCCGUUUCUACGAUACCGAAAUCCCUCGUAACCUUCUUGAUGAGGACUUUGACGAAAAUACCAAAGAACUUCCGCCCUCGAGGCCCGAAUCCGAGAUGACAUCCGUCCUCCUGAACAUAGUAAAAUCUCGCACGAUAUGUGCCUUUGCAGAUAUCACAGCGGCCAUGUGCUCGAGGAACCCCAUCAGUUACGCCGAAGUCAUUCGUCUGGACAAGCAGCUCGAGGACGCCCACAACAGUCUUCCGCCUCUCCUCCAGUUUCGCAGCUUUGCCGAGUCCAAGGACGACCCUAUCGACGUGGUGAUGCAGCGGUUUUGGAUGGAACUAAUGUAUCAAAAGGCACGCAUCGUGCUGCACCGAAGGUACAUGGGCAUCGGAAGGACGGAUAAGCGUUACGCGCACUCUCAGCAGGUCUGUCUGGACGCGGCUAUCAAGACGUUGCGAGGCCAGUUUGAUCUUUAUUGUGAGCGGCAGCCCCAGGGGCGAUUGGCUUCGGAGAAAAACGGGCAGUUUUUCCGAGCCAGUAUCACCACUCACGACUUUCUCCUCGCCGGCAUGAUCCUCUGUCUCGAACUUUCCCACAUCAGGGCCAGGGAGAAAAGGGAGGCAUCUCCCUGUGGCACGCGGCCUAAUGCAGUUGAGAACGAUGUCAUCUCGAAGGACGCAUUGAUGCAGAUGCUCGAGACGUCGCGGCAAAUCUGGCAGUCGACAAGGAAGGAGUCGACCGAAGCAAAUAGGGCCUUCAAGAUUCUGUCCAAGAUGCUGUGUUUGUCAACAGGAGCCGUGUUCGAGAGCAGUCCUGAAUCGUCGGGUAGCGCAUACGAUUCAACCCAGGCGUCUACAUAUGCAAACUCAGAGCCAGCGACGGCAGUGAUGGGUGCAAAUCCCUAUUACUACACGCAGCCCCAGGCUCCCACCGCCAUGAGCCAGACCGUACCCGUUGCUAUACCCAUAGUCGUGCCACCAACAACCACAAUUUCCCACCCCGAGCAGAUGCAAUAUCCUCUGGCGUGGCAGCCAGACCUCCCCCCUCCGAUAGGACCCGUGGACCUUUCCCCUUACAACACAAUGGACCAGUUCAUGGAUCCGAGCUUGACGGCCGACUGGAACUUCUGGGACAAUCAGGUCCAUAACACGAACGCUGACGAGCUCCAAAUACCGUGGAAUACGUUUUUCAACCCACAGAUGCCAGGCUAUCAAUAA